ACGUUGUGCCUAUUUAUAGCUCUUAUCGUCACGUUCGGGGUACGAAAUACAAAUUACCUUAAAAUUUCAGUUUCAACCUGGAUGUUCCAUUAUAACUUUAUAAACACUUUCAUUUAUCAAGAAACGCAUUUGAUUCUCACACCUGAGCAGGAAUUCUAAACUACAUAGUCCAAGAUGACCAGUGAAUGUGAUGACAUGGACAUUGACAGUGGUGUCAGUGACAUGACAGAAACUGAAAGCUUAAGCAGUGUCAGCUCCGACUCCACUAUUAUAGGUUCACCACCUUCAAGUGUAAUGAUGGACAAUUCAGAAGUACGUGGUCCUGAGGGUCACUUUACCUUACUGAACGAUGCAGCAGCAUCCAACAGGUCUGUGUUGAGUCCAGAAAGUGGAAUAGGAAGUGGAUCAAGCUCCCCAGCAUCAAGCGUAGUAAUGGGCAAGGCAGCGUCAAGCAGGUCUGUGCUGAGUCAAGAUAGUGGAAUCGGAAGUGGAUACGGUUCCCCAGCAUCAAGCGUAGUAAUGGACAAAGCAGCGUCAAACAGAUCUGUUCUGAGUCAAGAUAGUGGAAUAGGAAGAGGAUCUGGUUCCCCAGCAUCAAGCGUAGUAAUGGGAAAAGCAGCGUCAAACAGAUCUGUGAUUAGUCAAGAUAGUGGAAUAGGAAGUGGAUCAGGAAGUGGAAAUGGUAUGAAACUUGGUGAGCCCUUGCCUAUGGAGAGAAAAGACUCGCAGACGAAAACCCAAGAAUGGGUUGAACAGCAUUUUGAAGUGUUCGUGAAAACUCUGGAAGGUAAAACUGUGACCGUACAAGUUGAAGAGCAUGAAGAAGUCACAAGCUUCAGGAAGAAAGUUCAGGAGAAGACAAACGUGGAAGCCAGUCAGCAGUAUCUUCACACAGCCGAAGGGAGGAAACUGCAAGACGGAGAAAGACUCAGCAAUUACAAUAUUAAGAAACAUUCCACCAUUUUCUGUCAGGGCAGACUCAGGGGAGGAGAAUCUUUUUAGAGAUGAAAGUCACUUCAACAUCGUCUCCAAGUAACAGGAAAAUAUAUCCACUUUAAUAAAAAAAAAAUUACAUCAAUUUUUUCUUUUAUUCACACAUCAGUUCUGUAGGGCUCAAGCUCAAUGACAAGCCUUAUUUAUAAUUAUAUUAGAAAAUGCAGUCCCAAAACAAGUUUUUAAGAAUAUGCAACUAAUUUUAAUAUAAGCAAAAGUAUACACCAGAACAGAUGUAGUUCUAUACAAUUAAUAAUUGUAGUUAUUAAAUCUAAUUUUGUAGGUGGCUUUUAAUGAGUAAAUAAUUAUAUGUGGUUUUGAUUACAUUGUAAGUAAGUAACCAGAACAUACUAUGUUGUGAAGUUGUACACAUUUGUUUAGUAUUAAGUAUAAGUGUUGAUAUUUUUUGCAACUAAUUUUAUGUCUUCAAAUCAAUGAUAGACCUACAAUCAUGUUGUGAAUUUACUACAGACAUACAUAACAUUUUGAAUUUUAAAAAAAUAAAAAAAAAAAAAAAUUAAAAUCAAACGUUCUAAGCUUUGUAGUAAUCUACUAUAUGCAAAUCUUGUGUCCAUUUUUAAAAAAAGAAAUGAUACAUAAAUUGAUUAUUAACCUAUUUUUAUACAAAGCUAGCAAAGUUUUGUAUGUGUGCAGUAGUUGAUUUAUAAUCACAAACAAAAAUUAUUUAGGCUGUAUUCUGAAUUUCAAAACACUCCAUUUUGACAUAAAAUCCUUUUAUAAUAGACAUUUAACUUUUCAUUUCACAACUGAAAGCUUUACAUGUACCAAUUGCGAAUAACCUUUUAAGCCAAAUCAUCUGAAUCAAGUAUAGCAAAAUUAUCACCCCAGGCUUUACAUGCUUGCUAGAAAUGAAAGAGGCAAAACAUAUUUUUAACAUUAUCAUAUAGUAUGUAAAUAAAGUAGAUUAAAAAUACAUUGAUGAUAAUUACUUGAUAUACUAACAAAUCUUUAUUGACAUAUUUGUCCAUUUCUACUGUUACUUGUUACUAAAAGAUAAACAUUUAUGACAUUUUGAUUUUUACAGUAGGUUUUGAUUUUUAAAUCCGCAUGGUAUUUUUCUGACUUCGGUAUAGCAAUCUGGAUAAAUUGUUAUAGACGCGGCAACAAGCUAUUGUUCUAAGCUUCCCACAGGUUGUGACUACGCAGUUUUCAUUCCUUGUAAAAAGAUUAAUCUAAUUUUAAAUGCAUUGGGUGAGACCUUGACAUAAGGCAAAUGAUUGUAGUGACGCGACUGUUUGGGCGCGGGUCAUUGUGGCGCUAAAAGUUCUGACGUUAGCUUUGAAAUAAAUAUAUUAGUUAACUUAAGUGAUGUAUAUAUGUUUACAUUCUAACAUACUCUUUAAAAUAUUUAUAAUAAUGUGUUGUCUAUUCGAUGAAAUAAUAUUGCAUCAGAUUCGAACAUGAGAUAGAUUAGAUUCCCACGAUCUUAUAUGAGGUGUGCGCAAAAGAUAACAAAGUAUAUAUAUAUAUACAUAUAUAUAUAUAUAUAUACUAGACAGAUAUUACCCGCAGCCCGAGAGUCUUAACUUGCGUAUUGCUGACGUAAUCACUGAUAUAGUGCAUUAGAAACAAUUAAAGAAAAUAAUAAUAUUAUAAAUAAAGCGAAUGCAUGAAUUCAUGAAUAAAAAAAUAUGAAUGGAGCUAAAAAUUACCUGAAUUCUUUUUUUUUUUUAUAAAAACAUUGGCUUGUGUAUAGAUCUAAAUUUAGAGACACGCAUUAUUAAGAAUAGAGUUGCAUUUAUGUAAAAAAGCUUUAGAAAAAGAAGUUUGAAUGUUAAUUUGAUUAAAAUAUGAAAUGAAUGGUGUAUAAUUAGUAUGUUUAUGUGUUACUGUAUAAAACUUUUCGAAGAGACGUUCUAUUAUUUUAGAGUUGAAUUAGAGUUUUAGACUUAGGAGACAGAUAUGUAACCUUUCGGGUAAUGUCUAAUGAAAUAUUGUACGUCAGGAAAAAAAAUUCGCAGAUUUAAAGACCGAAUUUAUGUAAAAAUGU